UGUUAAGAAACAAAGCUAUUAACAAAUUCUAAAGAAAAUCAGGGAAAAGAAACGAUUAACAGUUAAUUUAUUAUCGACUUUAUUUCGAUACUGUCAAGUCUACAUAUCUUUAUCGAUAUCUCCAAAUCAGCUGAUGUCGCUGAGGCAGCUUGUUGAAGGCGAUUGUGGUGGCGUUAAUCCGCUCAUGCAACUCGGUGCCCAAUUCACGCGAGAUGCCGGUCGUAAGGAUGAAGGCUUCACUAAUGCCCAAUUUGAACGCAGUAUGCGACCUGAUGAACAAAUGGUCAGUGAAUUUCUAGGACAAGUGGCCGCACCACCACAGUCUUUUCAAAUGAACGCACUACUAGAAGAGAUGCGUGAAAUUGAACAGGCAAAUACCAUGGGUGUGCAGCAUCGUCAACCGGAGCCAAGUCUCAUAGACGAUGUAACUAGGGAUCAGUGGUUUAAGGAGUUCAACAUGCAACAGCAAAAGUCAUUGCCUGCCCCUGCUUCACAAAUGGUGCACAUGCAGCCACAGCAGCAGCAGCUGGUUCUUGUGCGUGAGUUUUUCGAUGAAGACGCACCAGGCACAUCCGCGUCUUUAAUUGGGCAUUUGCCUAGAGCGCCCAGUAUGUCACUUCAGCCGCUCCCGCCGCCGCACCUUGCCAUUUGUCCGCCCUAUCAGCCCAGUACAGAAAAGUUUUUUGAGGAAGCCAACGAAGGGUCUGAAAAUGUGUUACCACAAACGCAAACUAACGAGUAUAUCGAGAACUGGAUCAAAGAUUAUCAAGAGAGUGCGCGAGAGAGACAGCAAUCUACCAGCAGCUAUAAUGAGGCAUUCUGGCAGCGCCUGCAGGAUGAGUGGCAAAAAUUAUCUGAGGGCUCUGAGCAUCCCUGGUUAUCCGAAUAUAGCGAAAAUUAUGACCCUUACAAAGAGUACGAAUUCACCGAGGAAAACCCGAUGUCUAUGCUAGAAAACGCUUUGGAGAAGGGCAAGGAGUAUAUGCAAAGGGGCGACAUACCAAGCGCAGUACUCUGCUUCGAAGCAGCUGCCAAGAAGGAGCCUGAAAACGCGGAAGCAUGGGAACUGUUGGGCCUCGCGCAGGCUGAGAACGAAAUGGAUCCACAAAGCAUAGCUGCAUUGAAGCGUUCAUUGGAGCUGCGACCGGACAACAAUCGUGUGUUAAUGGCACUCUCCGUCUGCUACACUAAUGAGAGCCUGCAGAGUCAAGCGCUCCGCAUGCUGGUCAACUGGAUGCAGGUUAAUCCGAAAUACAAACACCUAUUACAGCAGCAUCCCGAAUUGCAAACUGAUGGCGGCGGUGUAGCUUCCUCACUGGUUACGGGUAGUAAACUAGAAGCUGUACAGAAUUUAUUUCUCGACGCGGUGCGCUUGAAUCCACAGGAGGUAGACGCAGACGUUCAGGAAGCUUUGGGUGUGCUCUACAACCUAUCCUCCGAGUACGACAAGGCAGUCGAUUGUUUUCGUGCUGCGCUGCACGUUGAUCCGCAGAAUGCUAAGGUCUGGAACCGCUUAGGCGCCAGCUUAGCAAAUGGCUCGCGUUCUGUAGAGGCAGUGGAAGCAUACCAGCGGGCGCUACAACUCGAACCGGGUUUCAUUCGUGUGCGCUACAACGUCGGCGUAUGCUGCAUGAAUCUGAAGGCAUACAAGCAAGCGGUUGAACAUCUGCUCACAGCGCUGAAUAUGCAGGCAAACAGCUCAGCAGCUACCCGAGAUUUGCCAGCCGACGCGGGUGCCAUAGGUGGGGGUCAAGCACAGAUGUCAGAGUCCAUUUGGAGUACAUUGAAAAUGGUAAUUUCGCUGAUGGGUCGCAGCGAGCUGCAUGAUGCGGUGAAUGAGCGCAAUCUAAAGGUGCUGAACGAGGCCUUCAUGGAUGCAGCUUGAAAAGGAGGAUAUGCGCGAGAGAUAUGGGACUUUACCUGUGUUAACGACGUAUGAUUGUUUUAAAUUUCGCAUGAUAAAUUGUGGAGAGUGUUGAAUGGCUGGGAGCUUUGAACUGAGUUUGAAGAAAUUGGUAUUUAAAGUGUAGCGUUUAUGGUGUUGGCAUUGAACUAAAAUUUUAUAUAUUCUUCCAAACGAAUCACUAUGUAGACCUUUUUAAAUAAAAGUAAUAAAAAUAAAUAUGAGUCACACAC